AUGGAUAUUGUUAUGGUUGUGAAAUGGGAUACUAUACUACAUGAUGCUGGAUGGGACAUUCUUUGUAGGCCUUCUAAAUAUGGACAAUACUGUCACCGUGACUGUCCAAAAGGAUGUUUAACGUGUGCUUCAGAUGGAGGUUGUCUCUUGUGCAAUGCUGGUUACAUCGGAAUAAAAUGCAACUGUUUAGAUGGUUGUUAUGGCAACAAAUGUGACAGAUUCACAGGAAAGUGCAAUCAAUGUAAACCGUUUUUUAAAUGGCCUUGCUUGGAGUGUGUGGACGGCAAAUGGGGAAAGAACUGUGAAAAAGAUUGUUCAGAUAAAUGUCUUUCGUGUAUAUCGGAUACUAACUGCACAAAAUGUAAGGAUGGAAACUAUUUUUCAGAUGGGAAAUGCCUGGACUGUUCCACCAAUUGUCAAAAUAUCUCAUGUAAUGCAGAGAGCGGCGUUUGUAAUUUCGGUUGCAAUCAAGGUUAUUGGGGAAAAUUUUGCGAUAAACAUUGUCCAGAUAAUUGCUUUCAAAACAAGUGCAACGUAGAAAAUGGAAUGUGCAUGCCACGGUGUAAAGACCAUGAUAAAGCAUGUGAUAAAACUGUUCAAUGUGUGGAUGGAAAAUGGGAAAGUCGAUGCGAAGAGCAAUGUUCAAAGAAUUGUUCAUAUUGCGACAGUGAAACAGGACAUUGUCUACAAUGCAAACAAAAUACUUUCUACGGUUCCUUUUGCAAUCAAGAAUGCAGUGAAACAUGCAUUGACAGAGUAUGUAAUUUUGGGAAAUGCAAGUACGGUUGUAAAACUGGAUAUUACGGAGAAAGUUGUCAAAACGUUUGCAGCAAAUCUUGUUUCAAACAAUGUGAUGCAGUUUUAACUGAAGCAUCUUCGCAAGAUAAGGAAAGGUUUGUGUUGAAAUCUGAUGAUACCAUUAAUCUGCUGCUAUUCGUUGCUGUAGUCGGGGUAUAUGCAAUUGUUAUAACUGUUGCCCUAAUCAGAAAUCGCAUUAAACAAAGACGUGAAGGUGAAUUAAAUGAAGACUCGGGAGAAUUCGCUGAGAAUGAAUAUGAACCUACAGCAAGUAGAAAUGCAAUCAACUCUGACCACAUGUAUGCUAUACCGGAAGAAACUACUAGUGAGUGUGUGCCAUUGGGUAUCCUAGAAAACACUGACACGUUGCCUAGCUACAACUCAACCGAAGAUAUGAAUAUGUACACCAAUCCUGUUUAUGCUGAUACCAAAACCACGAAUGAAUAUGAGGAGAUGUUGCAAUUGAUAUGUACUUCUUUACUGCUGAUUUCAGGAAAAUUUGUGCAAUCGUUCUGUCCAAAAGGUUGCAAGUGUGAAGCACAUGGAUAUUGUUAUGAUUGUGAAAUGGGAUACUACAUGAUGCAGAAUGAGACAUGUUACAGUUGCUCUAAAGCUUGUCACUCUUGUUCCUCGGUACACAAAUGUAAAAAAUGUGACAUUGGACAUUAUAUAAACUCCUCAUUCUCAUGUCUUCCAUGCUCCACUGGGUGUACAUAUUGUUUAACUUUAAAUACAUGUUUACAAUGCAAUACUGGGUAUUUCAGAAACGGUUAUAUGUGCAAUAAAUGUACGUGGCCAUGUAAAACGUGUACAUUCGGACAUAAUUGCAUUACAUGUAAUGACGGAUUUAAAUUAAACGGUACUUUUUGCCAAAAAUGUCCAAAGGGUUAUUUUGAAUCCAGUAAUUCAUGUGCCCCGUGCCCAAAUAAUUGCGCUUCUUGUUUGAUGAUGAAUGAAUGUACACAAUGUAAACAAGGAAUUUUCGGAAAAACAUGUGAUCAUAAGUGUUCUUUGGGAUGUAAAGACAACGUGUGUGAACAAAACACUGGCAAUUGCGUUUGCAAAGAAAAUUAUGCCGGAAACAAUUGCAGUCUUUGUAAGCCUUCUAAAUAUGGACAAUACUGUCACCGUGACUGUCCAAAUGGAUGUUUAACGUGUGAUUCAGAUGGAGGCUGUCUUGUGUGUCAGUCUCCUUACUUCGGAAUAAAAUGUAUCUGUUCAUAUGGAUGCCUUGACAACAAAUGUAACAGAUUUACAGGACAGUGCUUUCAAUGUAAACCGUUCUUUAAAUGGCCUUGUUUGAAUUGUAUAGACGGCAAAUGGGGAAAGAACUGUGAAAACGAUUGUCCUGAUAAAUGUAUCUCGUGUUCAUCAAAAAAUAGCUGCACGAAAUGUCAGGAUGGAAACUAUUUCUCAGAUGGGAAAUGUUUGGAAUGUUCGAUCAAUUGUCAAAAUAGAUCAUGUAAUGCCGAUAGUAGUUAUUGUAUCUUUGGAUGCAAACCAGGUUAUUGGGGAAAGUUUUGUAUUGAGCAAUGUCCCAAGCUUUGCUCAAACCGCACAUGUAAUAUCGAAAAUGGAGCUUGUAGUCACGGUUCCAAUGAUAGUAGCAAUGGACAUGACCAAUCGUACGACAAUAAUUGUAGCACAACCUGCAUUGAUCGACAAUGCGAUUCGAUAACGGGUAGAUGUACUUUGGGAUGCGAACCAGGAUACUACGGGGACACAUGCAAAAAACAAUGCAGCAGUGAAUGCCAAAACUUUGCAUGUAAUAGAGAAAAAGGCUCAUGCAAUAUUGGUAAGAUUUAAUUCUUCAAAUUAUGUUAAAUAUUGCUAUAAAUUCGGUAUAUUGAAUAACAUAUAUUCAGCGAAGCAAACUAAGAAAUUUGAAAAAAACUUUGAUUUUGAAGAGGAAUGUUCAAAGAAUUGUUCAUAUUGCGACAGUGAAACAGGAUAUUGUCUUCAAUGCAAACAAAAUACUUUCUACGGAUUAUUCUGCAAUCAAUAAUGCAGUGACACAUACAUUGACAGAGUAUGUAGAUUCGAUUUG